ACACAGUCCUACAGUUCCAGAGAGAACAAACUCGGAUGCGUCUGAUGUGCUGUUGUUAGUUAUCCUAACAGAUUUAUUUAGUUAGUUAUUAUGUUUCCCACUGCAAUUCUGGGAUUAAACUGAGACCGAGAAAACACAAGGUUGUGUGUUGUGUUUAUGUAUGAGCGAGGGUGAGUGUGUUGAGAUGAGUGCAGGCGAUGAAGAGGGCGGUUUACGCAUCCGCCCCCCAUCCAGUCUAAAUGUGAAGAAGGUCUACAGUGAGAGCGCAGAAGAACUCCAGUCCCCUGAGGCUCUGAGAAGCAAUGCUAUGUCACCUGACCUGAGGCAGGACUUCAACAUGAUGGAGCAGAGAAAGAGAGUCACACAGAUUCUACAGAGUCCAGACUUUAAGGAGGAGUUGGAGUGCAUGGUAAAGGAGCAGUGCUCCAAAGGCAGUAACUCCAGUGGUCUCCUUGGUCAUAUCGCACACCUCAUCAUCAGCAAUACACUUAGCAACACUGGAGUAUACAGUCCCAGCAGUGCAGGGUCAAUUAGUCCAGUGAAUGAUCUGUGUGGGGUGGAGUGGUUUAGUUGUUCUAAAGCUGAGAGGCAGGGGCGCUGUAAACUCGCCUGCUUGUACCGGCUGCUGGACCUAUACGGAAAUGGCCACUUCCCAAUUACGUAUAUAACUCUGCGUAUCAACAAAGAGCAGGAUCAUAUUCUUAUUCUUCCUAAAGGACUGUCGUUCUCAGAGGCCACAGCAGCUAGUCUGGUGAAGGUGAAUCUGAUUGGUGAGGUGGUUGAUCAGGGAGCCACUGCAUUGCCUGUGGAUGUUUUGGGAUUCAAACCACAUUCUGCAGUGUAUUCUGCCCGACCAGAUGCCAAAUGUGUUAUACAUACAUAUACACCAACUACAGCUGCCGUCUCUUCUAUGAAAUGUGGCAUCUUACCCAUUUCCCAUGAAGCUUUGCUGCUGGGGGAGGUGUCUUAUUUUAGCUACCAUGGUGAUUUAGCCAACGAGCAGGAGAAGAUGGAACUUCAGAAAGCUCUUGGUCCCACUGCCAAGGUUUUGGUCCUGAGGAAUCAAGGUUUACUGACAUUUGGAGAGACGAUAGAGGAAGCUUUUCAUUAUCUGUAUCACAGCCACCAAGCUUGUGAGAUACAGGUUAGUGCUCUGUUAUGUGCGGGUGGCGUUGACAACCUGUGCGUGUUAGACAGAGCAAGUCUGAAAACUGCUCCUACAAAAAAAACCAGUGGACAAAUGCCAGACGGACAGAUCCGAUGGAGGGUUGGAGAGGCAGAGUUUGAGUCGCUUAUGAGGAUGUUAGAUAACUUAGGUUACAGAACAGGUUACACUUACAGGUAUCCCAUAGUUAAAGAGAAGCCCCGUCACCAUAAUGAUGUGGAAAUCCCAGCAACUGUCACAGGGGUGGGAUUAGAGGAAAAGGACACCUUUCCACAGAGUCCGUUGCACUUCCUGGCACAGAAGCGGGACAGAGAGAGGAUACGAUGGCUGAACUCACCGAACAGCUACUUAAAGGUCAAUGUACCUGAGGAAUCCAUCAACGGGACCUGCAGCCCCCGGACCAAAACCACGUGGAUGAAAUCAGAAGAGUCAGGGAACUGCAAGGACACCCCAAUUAAGAUCGAGGACCCCAACCAGUUUGUCCCACUUAAUACUAACCCAGGUGAAGUAUUGGAAAAAAGAAAUAAGAUUCGAGAGCAGAACAGAGUAGAUCUGAUGACAGCUGGACCCAAGUCUCAGCUGCUGGCAGACAUUGUUAUUGACAAGCCUCCAGGACCAGCAUUCAUCUAUGAGGAUGAGAAGCAGACAGCUGCUCUACCACCCAACCCUUUCAACCAAUCAGAAGCAGAGAUACAGGAAUACACACAAACUGUGGAGAAUAAGAACAGCCAAUCAGCUCUUCAGUCAGAAGCUGAUGAGGAAUUCACAGAUGGAGAGAUGACUACAUAUGACGGCUCCACCAUUUCCCUGUCGAUCUCACCUCUCAUGAGCCCUGAAAGAGGAGACUGUCUUUCAGCUCUGCUCCAGAGCAGCGAUGGUGAUGACCUGACGCAGGAUGAUGACCUCACUCUACAGGUCACAGAGCUCAGCAUCACUAAAGAGAUGCAGGUCUCCAUAACAACCACCGUCGCCAACAACAUUUCAGUCACCAGCUCUUCUGAAAGCCAGCCAAUGUCACCCAAAAAGAAGAAAAAGAAAUUUCGUACUCCUUCCUUCCUGCGAAAGACGAAAAAGAAAGAGCAAAGAGACAAGGAGAAAGGAAAAGACAAAGAGAAGGAGAAGGAGAAAGAGAAGGAGCAAGAAGAAAAGGAGAUAGAAGAAGAAAAGGAAUGCAGGAAGGACUGAGUAAAGAGUAAACGCUCUUGUUAGACAUGUGACUGUGCAGGGGCUUGUGGGAAAAGUAGUUUUGGGGGGGGGGGGGGCGGGGGGGGGGGGGGGCAGUGUUAAAUGCGAUGACUAGCAGGGACAGGGCAGUUAACAUCAAAGCAAUUACUUGUAUGUUAAGCUGUUAAACACAGAAUAUUUCAACACAUUUUUCCUACAGCUAUAUCAACAUCUAAAUAGCCGAAAAAAUAUCCUCCUACACUUUUAUAAACUGUACAUAAAUGCACUCUUAUACACACAAAUAUAAGCAGACUAAAUGAAAAAUUCUAGUCCUUAUUCACAGCCCUAUUCACUGAAUAUGAGAAGUGUUGGAAAUAUUUUAAUGGCUCUACAUUGUGUAUUGUAGAUAAAUUGAUGUUGUGUGCUGAAUUAAUCAGGUGACAUUGAAUUGUAAGAAAGACUGUGAGACUGGAUUCCUGCAUAUUAGGAAUAUUAAAGUAUGAAAAUAAUUUUUAAAUGGGAAACAGCCAUUCGUUGUGAUAUGAAGCUUUGUUGAUUCACUUGGUUUGUAAAUGGAGAUAACAGAUUGUUAUUCUACUAAUAGUUUGUUGACUGAUUAUAUAAAAGGCUAUAUCCACUAUAUGUUGACUAUACUCUCAAAUACAUAGAUUUUAAUCAAAAACUUGCACUGUAAUUAUGUUAACAGUGAUGUUUUCCUGUCAUUUUUGUUUUCCAUGGUCAAAUACUGCUUUUUGACAUUUGCAGUCGCAUGGUCGUGUGUGUGAAUGUAACCUUUCUGAAAUAAAAGUGUGCUAAAAUUUACAAAGAAAAAAAA